ACGAGCGUCACAGCUGUCGCCAAAAGAACAGGAUCCUUUAUCCUUUGCGUUUAUUCAUUCACACGUCAAAAAUUCCACACAUAUGUUUAGUUUGUAGUAUUUAUAAUCACAUUCUGAUAAGAUAUACGAGUUUUAUAAAAAUUUUCAUUCAUGCUAUUUUGUGGAAUAUAUUUCGAAUACGUAAUGGAAAACAGUGAUUUUCAUUUCAAUUGCUGAUACAAUGACGCGCGUAUGUUUUGCAGCUUCGUUUAUGGUCUCUCUAACAAUAUUCCCGACAAUCGAUGCCGUUUUUCAAGAUUUUAUGAAUCUCCAGCAUCCAAGAUCUCAUUUACCUGAUACAAAAUUCAACUAUGGAGAAUAUUCGGAACAUUUAGAAACUGAAGAAAGAAGAGAAAAUGGCCCUGAAACAGCAUGGGAUAGAAUACCACAACAUAACGAUCAACCAUCUAGAUACAGCCAUACCCAGACGGAAAGUCCUGAUCAGCUUUCGGAUACCUUUGAUCCAAAUAUCACAUGGGACCCACAUUGGAUAACAGACAUGAGCAAAAUGGGUCAAUUGACUGCCGUUGAUUUAGACCCGGAAGGAAGGAUUGCAAUAUUUAGUAGACGUGAGAGAAUUUGGGGUUUAACAACGUUCGAUUACCAUAAUAAAUUCGAUUGUAGCAACGGUCCGAUUAAGCACGACACGAUAUUGCUGUAUGACAAAACAGGUCGGAAAGUUUUGCAAUGGGGCAGAAACAUGUUUUAUUUACCUCAUGGACUAACGAUAGACCAUGAAGGAAAUUAUUGGAUGACAGAUGUAGCUUUGCACCAGGUUUUCAAAUUUGACGCUAAGGACAUAGAAAAGAAUUGGAAUUUAUUGAAAAAAGCUGAAAAUCAAACGAUCAAGGAUCUCGAAAAUGUUCACGAUUAUAAGCAUCGUUUUGAGCACAGUAUCAUCAAACCUUCUAUCAUACUUGGCCAAGCUUUUGAGCCCGGAGAUGACAAUCUAAGGUUCUGCAAACCGACUGCUGUUGCAGUUGCACAAAAUGGUGACUUUUUUGUUAGCGACGGUUAUUGCAACUCCAGAGUCAUUAAAUUUAACAAAAAUGGAGAAAGAAUAUUGCAUUGGGGUCGAUCAUGGCCAGCUACAGAUACGUUCAAUAAAUCGCCACCUUCGUACGCUCUUUUCGUUCCACAUUCCCUGGCGUUGGCGGAGGAUCAGAAUUUAAUAUACGUUGCGGAUCGGGAGGACGGUAGAGUGAUGGCUUACAACGCUCAAAAUGGAACUUUUCACCGUGAAUUCAAGCAUCCGUCGUUGGGUACCAAAAUUUAUGCAGUAGCCUAUGCCCGUGAAAAACUUUAUCUUAUCAACGGACCGGAACCUUUUAAAUCACAUUAUUUCCACGUGAGAGGUUUCGUUCUCGACACUAAUAGUGGCAAUGUCGUUUCGCAAUUUGGCCCUGGACGAGACAUGCUCGCACCCCAUGACAUCGCUGUUUCGGACGAUGGAUCCGAAAUUUAUACAAUCGAAUUGGACGACCACAAAGUUUAUCGGUUUGUUCAAGACGUAAGUAAACAAGUAUUAGUGAAGACGAAUUUGACGUCAGCUGGAAAUGCAACGUAUCUUCAGCACCACGAAGUUGCACCACUGACGGAUGACACGCCGAGUGAUGUGAAUUCGAGAAAAAGCGGAAGCGGCGCAGUUGUGUUGUCAAUAAUCACGAGUGCGAUUACGCUCAUCGGUUUGUGCCUAGCCGUUGCGGCGGUUGUCGCGAGGUGCCAAAAAAGAGGCUGCUUAUUAUCAGUGCGUAAACGAGCUUACUGGGAGGCAGAAAGAAGAGAAAACUUUAAACUAUCAAGUUUACUCGAGACGAAACCGGGCAAAGGUUUCAAGUCUCUGGAGAAAAGGCCAAACACACGUGACUUUAGCAAACUCAGCACGGAGCCCGAAACUUCGGAGGACGAACGAGUCGAGGACAGUCUCGUUAUUUGAUCCUAAAAAUCGACGACUUUUGAGAAAACAAAUUUGAGCAUCAGACAACUCGUAUCCGAUUAUUCGAUUAUACAUACAAAUAUUGUGGACCUAUCAACGCAAAGAACGGAAAACUAAUUAAACACACUGGAAUUGCUAUUUUUCUCAUUGAAUUUUCGUCAAAUUACAACUCACAAGAAAGACGUAAUGAAACCUGUUAAAAAAAUCGACUGGAGAGAGCAGCGAGACAAAUAGUCGAAUUAGUCGAUGUAACUUUUAAUAUUAAUCGAGUUACCGAUCAUCUCUUUCGAUUUUCCAAUUAAAAUUUCUGUCUCCCACCCUUCAAACAUUCUCAUUACAAUGCAAUUUUUAUCGUAAGUAGCAUCCGAUCAAUGUUGAUAAUCACCUCAAUUUUUCGAAACGUUUGUGUCCAAUUACAUAUCGAUGAAUAUAUAUUUAUAAAUAUUUACCGUAUAUAUUUGUAUGGCUGAUUGCGAGCCUGUAAUAACAAAAAUUGACGAGCUAAUUUAAUUUCCGAAUAUUUUACACGUGCCCACGACUAAAAAUUGUAUUUCAUCGAUCUUGUGGUUCGCAACAAUGUAACGACGAAAAUCCAAAAAAUUUAACCAACAAAAUCACAUCGUUUUGUUUGAAACCGUCCGAGAACAAAUCGAGUUUUCGUUGUUUUGCAGUCCUCUGACUCUGAACGGAGAAGCGUUUUGUUUUAAUUCAUGAUUGAAUAUUCCGAAUCUAUAAAAAUUCGGCGCCGGAAGACUGGCGUUUGGAAAAUUUGCUAGUCAGAAAAUUCGUUGAGUACGCCGACACAAUUGCGCAUGCGGCUGGAUUCGGAACUUCUUCGAAUAUGUGUGCAAAAUCGUUCGGAACGUCUAAAUAGCCGGCUAUUUGAGGUAUUCGAUAUUUUCCUAUUAUCGAUUGUUAUCCGAUCAGUUUUUGAAAUUCGUUCAUACAUUGAGCAUCGAGCUCCGGGAAGUGGUGUGACUCUAGCCUAAAAGUUCACCGUCGUGUGAUCGUUGUGUGUGUGAGUGAGCACGGCAGCUCCCCCCUCCUGACGACUUUCGCUGGCGAUGGCGAUUGGUGGGACAUUCCGGCAGUCCGGAGGGCAACGGCUGGUCCGUUGCUGCGAGAAUUUUGUAAAUUUUGUUCCGAACGGUACGAGCGGUAACAAAAAGACUCGUCCGAUUCGUCCUCCGUCCCCAGAAAAUAUAUUUCGCGGAAUAUUUAUUCUAGUUUUUACGACGCACGAUUUUACGUUGACAUCCCGGGACGUUUUUUGUUUCAAUGUGCCGCGAAGACGAGUUUUUCGGAAAGAAAUUUUCCAGGGACGAUUUUCCAGAGGGACCAAUUCCCAGCGUCGAAUCUCCCUAGAUUUCAGCUCUUUUUAAUGCAGUUGUGUUUUCUUUUAAUUUCAAAACAGCUGAUUCAAUGUCGCGACCAAAAUCUGAAACAUCGGUGUAUCGGCGGCGCGGACGCACGUACAGUCCCGCGCAGAAGCAAGCAAAAACAACGUUCACAUAUCAAAACAACCACUUGCCUACACAUAAUUUCAAGUUUUUGCGAGUUUCAACAUUUUCGAUACUAUUCCAGUUCAACUUAAAUAUGAUAGUCGGAAUACAAAAUAGAUGAAUAUACUUUUUACAUUUGUCUACAAGUUCAGAAAGAAUUUCGUGAGGUAAUCGUGUCAGAUAACUGGCUUUUACGGGUCGUUGUGCCCACUGUCAAUCGCUGUUCGCCGCCAUAUUGGGUCAACCAUUUUGAAUUUCAAAAAAAUUUCGCUAUUGGAAAGAGCUGACAUCUGUGCCACUACGCAUCGCCAUUUAGUCGAUGUAAUGCGUUUUUUUGUGCCGGAAAUGAAAACUAUUUGGAAAAAUUCGACAAAACCGUAAACUUUUUGAAAAAAAAACGUCCACAACUUUUCCAACUCACAUUCAGAGUUAAAUUCGGUACAAAAAGUGUUAAUAUAUGGAUAAUGUUGUCAAAAUCCUUGAAAAAGUUUUCGAAUUUAGUUUUUCCAAUCGCCGGACAGUCAAUUCCGAUUAACGAAGUACUAAAACAUCGAAAAAAAAUUUUCUCGUGUGCGUGUAAAAUAUUCGUAAAAGCAUUUUUUUGUGACUUUAGGACACACACGUAAGGACUCGAAAAAAAGGAUUUUUUGACAGUUUUAAAAAAACACUGUUCUCGUGUCCUUGAUUGAAAAUUUCUGCACCGAUGUGAAAGGUUCUAAAGUUACAAACAAGCCUGAGAGCAUCAAAAGGUUUCCAAAUAAUCAGCCGUGCCUAUAUAAAUUUAUAAUUUACAAUUAAAACGAGGGGAAAUGAAACAAUCAGUAUUGAAUUUUAUAAAUUCUCUUUUACCUUUGUGUAAUUAAAAUAUAUUUGCUUCCAAUCAAAUAAUUAUGGGAAAGUGUUGAAAAAUUCAUUUGCCACCGGCACACUUGUCGAUGGGAAUUUAAUUAUUUUUCUGUUCAAACGAUGCCAUUCGCAUUUUCAAUGACAUGACUUUUAAACGAGAUUAAAGUUUGGAAUUCUAGUGUAGAGAAUUUUUUCAUUCGCAGAUACUUUGUUGAAAAAAAAACUUUUACGUAUCUGUGGAGAUGCCUCUCACAUUCUUCCUAAAAGAAUGUAACGAUUCGACGAAGAUUGCAGCGUUUGCAUGUUCCAAAGUUGUACUUAAGUAACUGAAUCUUCCAGCGAAUACCGAUACUGUUGAAAACUCGUGAACUGAUGGAACCGAAAAUAUUUCGGGGCGUUUCAACGAUGAAAAAUGAAAAUCAAACAAAUUUGAAAAAAUCGAUUUUUCUGCGAUGUGAAUGUUCAUUUUUUGUGAGAAUUGUUAAUAAUGUCGCGUGUUCUCUCUAGUUUUCAAUAAAGUAAAUGACUAUUUGUACCGUU